UAGUCUUGUUGAAUGUUGAUACUUCUCUGUUGUUAAAUUAUUUGUAUUUUCGAUUUCCUAGUAAUUUACAAGUUAAAAGUUAAUUCUGAGGAAAAAAACGAUUCUGAAUGUAAAACGUAUAAUAAUUUAUGAAAAGUCAUUUAACUAAUGUAAAUGUCUGUUUCAUUGUGUGUACUGCGAAUUGAAAUGGAUGAAGAGCAUCCAGAGAUGGGAGACAAUGUAACAGACAUAGAGUUUGCUAAAGAACAAAAGAAAAAAGAUCGUGGAGCUCGCGAAUCUAAAACUAUCACAGUUGAAACCUAUGCAAGCAUCCUUAGUGGCCCAAAUUCAGUAUCCGGAAUACUGCCGACGAGCUCACGCCGGGCUAACACUGAGGGAAGUGUUUCCGAUGAAAAUGAUGUCAUAAGCUUUUUUUGUGGCAACCCACUAGUUGAAGUCACGAAAGGAGUCCUACAUUUAUAUAAAGAAAAUGAACUUAAAGAAGCUGAAGAAGCAAAAACAUUAUGCCUUCUAUCAGUUCCGGGAGCCCUUGGUGCUCCUGACUUGUUGGCUUUUGCUGCUGCCUGUCAACAAGACAUUGCACAUGUGCGUGUACUUCGUGAUGGUUCACCUGAUCAUUAUAUGGCACUCCUUACUUUCCGGACAAGUGCAGCAGCUCAGGAAUUCCACUCAGCUUUUGAUGGUGUGCCAUACAGCAGCUUGGAGCCUGCAGCCCUGUGCCACACGGCAUGGGUCUCACGGGUUGAGUAUGCACGUGAUGGAGCACCCCCGCCAACACAUACCGAGUUGCCUACGUGCCCAGUUUGCCUCGAGCGGAUGGACGAGAGCGUAGCGGGCGUGCUGAGCGUGCAAUGCGCUCACUCGUUCCACGCAGAAUGCCUCAUGGGGUGGCGGGACGCUCGCUGUCCGGUCUGCCGAUGCGCUCAAACGCCGGAGCCCCGGGACUGCGCCAAGUGUCUCGCCUGCGAGUCUUUGGCCGCCCAAGAGGGCGAGGCCGAAGAGGCAGGUGAGCCCCGAGACACGCCCUGCGGAGUGGCCGAAGGGAUGCUCGAAGUGGAGGCUGGUACUCUGUGGAUCUGCCUCAUUUGUGGUCACGUGGGCUGUGGAAGGUACGAGAAGGGCCACGCCGCCAAGCACUUCAUGUUGUCCAACCACACAUACGCCCUGCAGCUCGGUUCGAACCGCGUGUGGGACUAUGCAGGUGACAACUUCGUCCACCGCCUGGUGCAGAACAAGGCAGACGGCAAACUGGUCGCCGCAGAGGGCCGCACCUCCGACCCCGAACCCGCCUGUGGGGACAAACUGGAGUUCACCUAUCUGCUCACUCAUCACUUGGACACGCAGAGGAUACAUUUCGAGGAGAGAAUCGCUAAGCUGGAACGGGCUCACGAAGAAGAACGCAAAUCGUGGCGCGUGCGUUGCGAGAGCGCCGAAGCCGAGAGCGCCGCCCUUCGCGACCAAGCCAAAGCCAACGCCGCCGAGAAUAAGGCGCUCACGCACAAGGUCACGGCUCUCAACCACAAAGUGUCUAAGCUACAGUCGGAGCUGUCAGAAGAACGAGGUUUGGCCACGGCGUUGGCUGGUAGCCAAGCCCAGUGGCAGGAGAGGGCCAGGGCGAAGGACGAAGCCUUCCGCAGAGAGAUCGAUGACCUGAAGGAGCAACUCCGCGACGUAAUGUUCUUCGUGGAGGCUCGAGGCACACUUCAGAACACCGAACAGGCCUCGCAGCAGGAGAUCCAAGAGGCCAGCGUCACCGUUCAACCGCCGAAGCAGAAGCCCCGAAGGAAGAGACGAUAACGGCCCAGUCUAGUUGCUCACAGGGAAAUAGAAGAUGUACAGUUUCCAACUUCAUAUACUUCCCUUCUUUAGAAAUUCAUUGAAAUAAAAAGAUGUUGCCGACAUUUGCCUGACUGAAUAACUAGUUAUUUUAAGAUAUUGCAUAAUUUUUAAACACUUUGGUUACGAAAGCUGCCCUCUGUCUUACUUCGAUCGUCAAACAAAAAUUAACAUUCGCAAAAAAUAUUUAACCUCAAAUUACUGAUAAAAAUAUUUAAAAUUAUUCAUAGUAGAGUGUAUAUUUUAAGUAAAAAAUUAAUGUUAUUCUGUGAUAAUUAAAAGAUAAGGUAAUAUUGUAGAAAGAGUAAUAAAUAUAUUUUUAAU